GCGGGGCCGGGCCACAAGGCUCCUUCACUGCGACUCUGUUCUCCAUUUUCUUCCGAGCGAAAGAAUAGAAGGAAUCAGCAGUGAAAAUGAACGAAGAAUACGAUGUUAUUGUUCUGGGCACCGGCCUUACGGAGUGUAUCCUGUCAGGCAUCAUGUCUGUUAAGGGCAAGAAGGUACUGCACAUGGACCGCAACUCAUACUACGGAGCAGAGAGCGCCUCUAUAACCCCGCUAGAGGAUCUGUACAAGCGGUUUAAUAUCCCUGGAACGCCACCUGAGUCUAUGGGGAAGGGAAGAGAUUGGAAUGUGGACCUCAUACCCAAGUUCCUCAUGGCCAAUGGUCAGUUAGUUCGGAUGCUGCUGAUCACACAGGUCACACGGUACCUGGACUUCAAGGUCAUUGAGGGCAGCUUUGUCUACAAGAAGGGCAGCAUCUACAAAGUGCCCUCCACUGAAGCGGAAGCACUCGCCUCUAGUCUGAUGGGGCUUUUUGAGAAGAGAAGGUUCAGGAAGUUCUUGGUGUUUGUUGCCAAUUUUGACCAAAAUGAUCCAAAAACACUUGAGGGCGUUGACCCAACAAAGACAACCAUGCGUGAAGUUUACAAGAAGUUUGACCUGGGCCAGGAUGUGAUUGACUUCACGGGCCAUGCCCUUGCCCUCUACAGGACAGAUGACUAUUUGGACCACCCGUGCCUGGAUACAAUCAACAGGAUCAAACUAUACAGCGAGUCUCUGGCCAGAUAUGGCAAGAGCCCGUACCUGUACCCACUGUAUGGGCUAGGGGAGCUGCCCCAGGGCUUUGCAAGGCUAAGUGCCAUUUAUGGAGGAACCUAUAUGUUGAACAAGCCCAUCGAGGAAAUUGUCAUGGAGAAUGGAAAGAUUGUGGGAGUGAAGUCAGAGGGAGAGAUUGCUCGCUGCAAGCAACUGAUCUGUGACCCCAGCUAUGUAAUGGACCACGUGACCAAAGUUGGUCAGGUCAUCCGGGUCAUUUGCAUCAUGAACCACCCAAUUAAGAACACCAGUGAUGCAAACUCCUGCCAGAUCAUCAUUCCCCAGAACCAGGUCAAUAGGAAACAUGACAUCUACGUGUGCAUGAUAUCCUAUGCACAUAACGUGGCCGCACAGGGCAAGUAUGUGGCCAUCGUGAGCACCACUGUGGAGACCAGUGACCCAGAGAAAGAGAUUAAACCUGCUCUGGAUCUACUUGAGCCUGUGGAGCAGAAGUUUGUGAGCAUCAGUGAUCAAUACAAGCCAACUGAUUUGGGUAGAGAGAGUCAGAUCUUCAUCUCUCGUUCCUAUGAUGCCACCACACACUUUGAAACAACCUGUGAUGACAUCAAGGACAUCUACAAGCGUAUGACAGGCACAGACUUUGACUUUGCUGAGAUGGAACGGAAGAAGAAUGAUGUUUUUGGUGAUGAUCAGUAGCAAAAAUGAAGGCACAGGCCCAGUUGUCAUAUGCAUCUAAAUGAAAGCAAUUGUACAGUGCUGGCUAACAAUCCAAGUUAUCUUCUGCCCGUUAUGGAAGCUAAGAAUUUCAGUAUACCCUUUUGUUGAAGGCAUGAGGUUGGGGCUGCUUUUUUAUAAUCACGUUUUGAUGAGCAUGGGGUUGAAAGAUAGCAAGUGUCCAGUAUUUGUCAACAUUAUGUAACCUUUUUUCCCCCUGAUAAGAGGGUCUCCAAAUAUAUCAAAUCAGUUUUAUCCAAAUGGUUAUGCAAAGGAUUAUUCAGCACUAAAAAUAGUAUUUUUACUUUGGUAAAUUCUGUACAAAAUUGAAAUAAAGUUGUCAGGUUUG